AUGAAUGACAAAAACUCCGAUAGUGCUGCGUCCCAAGAAGACAGAGAUUCCAUCAAAGAACUUGACGUUGGCAUGAUGUUGACACGUAGAGCCUCCGACCAAAAUGUGUUCUACACAUACAUGUGCCAGCUGAACAAAAUCCCGCCAAGCAGUGAUAUUGAAAAAUUCGUCGGCCGCUGCUACAGCCGCCCGUCCCAAGAACUAAUUGAAGAACCUUCGUCGACGACUGUGGAAAACAGCGAGAUUUCUGACACAGACCAAUACUGCACGGACACAGACACUCCAAAAUUGUUGAAAUUGACAAAAAUGAAAUGGCUAACAGAAAGAAAAUGCGGCUCUCCAGAUUCUAGAUCGCCAACUGGAUCACCAAGUAUGACGUUUAGUGACACCAACAGUAGCGGUUCUGAGGACAAUUUGAAAGGGUGCGUCAGCUUCGGUGAGAAAUGCCUGUCAACUAUUCUACGGUUGGACAAGGAGCACAAUUUGUUUGGAUUAUCUAACAUUACCAUCGUUGAUUCGAAGCUGACAGAAAAGGUGCCAAAAGAAAAUGAAGAGCCAGCUGCAUUGGAUGCUGUGCUGAUCCUUUUUGUUCAUGGUGCACAUCCUGCGGACCUCCAUGUGACAAUAUACCUUGCGCAAACUCCG